AACUAAUUACGGCGCAAUGCCGCCAUACGGAGGUGUCAUCUCGGUCAUUUCGGCGAGCGUCGACUCCAAUCGCGGUAGUUUUAAGAGGCUCAAAACGCGUCACUCUAACGACCUGCUGCUGGUGACGUCAUAAAGAGAUGCAGAAGUGAGUUUCUCAAAACCUGAAAGAAAAAAAAAAAAAAAAAAAGCGGAGCGCCGUGGUGGCACGCGCACAGUGGGCUCGCGCACACGCGGCAUUCGCAGCCUCAAAUGAGCAGCUCGCUCGGAAAAGGCUCCCUCGUUUUGACUGGCCGCGCAGGUAAGACCCGCUCGAUUUAGACAGACCGCGUCCAAAAAAAUUCGAAAAGUAUCCUUGGGUAGCGUACAUUAAAAAUAAACUUUUUGCUUGCGAUCGGCAGAAAACGCGGCGCUGUGUUUGAUUUCGGCGCGCGCAGUUUGUCGCGUAAAUAUGUUGGCUUGUCGAAAAGUGCACGCGCUGAACGUGUGAGGAUCUGUUCUUAUACGACUGUUGAGGAUAUUUAAAAAAAAAGAGGAUUCUGCGCCUCUGCUCGAGGUAUCGCAUGCGGAUACAAGGAGCCUUUGAGCAGCCCUGGAGAACUUGUUAGGCAUACCAAGAAGCUCCGCGAGAGGCGAAUCUUUUUUGUGUGUGUGUGUGUGCGUGCUGGUUAAUGACCCUGCCAAGGAAAUAUUUUUGGAUGACUCGUCUUUAAUAUGAGGGAAUUAAACGGCAACCUCAAGAGCUUUGACAGAAGCGAACACAUCUUAAUGCACAAGGAGAAGAAAUGUAGACUCGACUAGCUCUCCGUUCCUUUUCUGAUUCAGCACCCCGUUUGGAGAGAGUGAGGGAGUGAAAGCAGAAUCAACAGAAAACGGGAUCUUUUCAGGCUAAAUCAUGACCGCACGGAUACUCUACUUUUUCCUUUGGUCUGCGGUAUUUCUACCCGGGCUGCAGUGCGCUUCUCAGAGAACCGCGGACGCACUUGCUACUUUUCCCACGUCCGCGUUCAUCAACGGCACCGACAGAAAGGACUCCAACCAGACCUCCACCUCUCGGAUCAAACGGAAGACGCUGUCGGUGGAUUUCGCCGUCCCGUCGCUGUUGCGUUACUACUUGGCCAUGUUUAUAAAGCGCCCGCUUAACGGAGACUGUCUGUCGUUUAACGGAUGCUACACGGUGCGCGCCAACUUGCUCAUGCGCUGCGUUCCUUUGCAAAAAACCAUCGCCGGUUUGCUCGAUGUAAAGUUGGCAGCGAUGAACGUCAACAGAUCCAGCACCGGACAGCUCCCGUAUCGACAGAAGCGGCCCGUGCCUAAAGUUUUGAAUUUGGGUUUGACCACCGCCAGUCGAAAGUCCAAUCAAGUCGUGGUGGAGGUGGGCGAGGAAAUGGUUAAAACUGGAUGUGGAGGGCUGCAUGUGUACGAGGACGCGCCGGUUGUGUUCCUGGAAAUGGACCUAACGCGGAUUUUGGAGUGGUGGCUGGGGGCGGAGGGAGGCCGGCUCAGGGUCCGAAUCAUGCCCGAGCGGAAAGUGCAGGUCCCGGGGAAAGAGGAAAAGUACUCUGCCGCCAUCAGAUCCGCGGACGCUCGCCUCUUUCUAUACAUAGCCUCGAGUGAACGGUCCUCAUCCACGAACUCAGGAAACCCCACCGCCGCCCCCAAAUAUUGGAACUUUUCUUGGAUAGCAGAGGACGAGCUAACUUUCCCUGAGGAUCCUGUAUCAACUUCAGAUUGCUCUUCAAAGGGAAAGUCAUGUGACCGUGGGCCUGCUGGAUAUUAUCCUGAGUUCGCCUGGAGUUUAACAUCAGCAGAGGACUCCUGGGCGAAAGACCAGACGAUGGCAAAGACAAAAGCAAGCUCUCAGGGGUGGGAGGAAGGGCGAUUUCUCACAGUGAAUGGCUCAGCUCUGACGGGGCCAUGGGUUCUGAGCCCUUGGCUCACGUACCACCCAUCGGCCCUGUGGUCUGGAUAUCACAGUGCUUUUGCACCCCGGGCAGAGUGGACGGUACACUGUCUGGCUCAUCGAGAGGGACAAGCCACCGCUUGCUCUCCUCACCACCGAGCACCCUCAUGUCGUUGG